CAGAAGGAUAAGUGUUGCAGUGACUGAGGGAGCCAUUGAGCUAGCCAGCAAGCAUGAACCCGUGAGCGCCGUCAGUGGGAGAUCCUUGCUACCUGUGAACGGACUGAGCGUGCUCUCUCUCUCUCGCGUGCGCGCGCUCUCUUUCCCUCCCCCCCGUCUCUCUCUUUUUCAUCCUCUCUCUCUCUCGCUCUAUCACUCCUGCAUGCGGAGCUAGCAAUGUUGUGAGCUCCCGUCUGUCUGCAUGUGCACAGCUAGGGAGACACAGAGGCUCGUCCUCUAGCUCUGAACACUGCAAUUGGAUUUACCUGGAGACGGCGAGAGGGACCAGGGAGAAAGAACAAGCGAGAGAUAGAGAGAGAGAGAGAGAGAAAGAGAGAGAGAGAGAGAGAGAGAGGUUGCUAUGGCGCGACUGAACUGGUGUCUAGCAGCUGUGAUUAGCUGGGGAAAGUUCCUCUUCUCCUGUUUCUUCCCAUUGAGAACAGCCAGAAGGGAUAAGCCUGAGGACUUUGAAGGUGUCCAUUCUCACAGCUUCAAGGUCAAGACCUUCAAGAAGGCCAAGAGCUGUGGCGUGUGCAAGCAGGCCGUGACCAAGGAGGGCCUGGUCUGUAGAGUUUGUAAACUGUCCUGCCACAAGAAAUGUGAAGUGAAGGUAGCGACAGCUUGUGUUUCCACCACUAACUACGAGCUGCCUCCCAGUAAUGAACUUCCUCUGAAGCAUGUAGAGACCCCAGGAUCCACAAAGUCUUUCCAGAGCACGGACUCCAGGCGCAGGCCAUCCAGGAGCUUGAGCCUGAUCCAGGCCAUGGAAGAGAGCUAUGACGUUGACCUGGUCUAUAUCACUGAGCGCAUCAUCUGUCUGUCCUUCCCGGGCGGCUCUGAGGAGCACAGCUACAGUGUGCGCCUGCGUGAUGUCAUCAGCAUGCUCCGCUCUAAACACCACCAGCACUACUUGCUGCUGAACCUCAGUGAGAGGAGGCAUGACAUCACCAAACUCAACCCAAAGGUGCUGGACUUUGGCUGGCCUGACCAUCAUGCUCCUGCUCUGGACAAGAUCUGCAGCAUUUGCAAGGCCAUGGAGACCUGGCUCACUGCAGACCCUCACAACGUGGUGGUCCUGCACAACAAGGGAAACCGAGGAAGAACUGGGGUAGUGGUGGCAGCCUACAUGCAUUACAGCAGCAUCUCAGCCAGUGCGGAUCAGGCCCUGGACCGGUUUGCCAUGAAGCGGUUUUACGAAGACAAAGCCAUGCCUGUGGGCCAGCCAUCGCAGAGGAGGUAUGUGCAGUACUUUGCUGGACUACUUUCUGGUCAUAUAAAGAUCAACAACAAGCCCCUGUUCCUUCACCAUGUCAUCAUGCAUGGCAUCCCUAAUUUUGAGUCUAAAGGAGGUUGCAGACCCUUCCUCAAGAUUUACCAGGCCAUGCAGCCUGUAUACACAUCUGGUAUAUAUAAUGUUCAAGGUGACAGUGAGACAAGCAUCUGUAUCACCAUUGAACCCGGCCUGCUUCUAAAGGGAGAUAUACUGUUAAAGUGUUACCACAAGCGCUAUCGGAACCCCAGCAGGGACGUGAUCUUCCGUGUUCAGUUCCACACGUGUGCCGUGCAUGAUUUAGGCGUGGUUUUCACCAAGAGCGACCUGGACGAGACUUUCCGAGAUGACAGAUACCCUGAGGAUGGGAAAGUGGAGUUUAUCUUUUCGUUUGGGCCAGAGAAGAUCCGAGGGAUGGAUCAUCUGGAGAAUGGCCCCAGUGUUUCCGUAGACUACAACACCCAGGAUCCCCUCAUCCGCUGGGACUCCUACGAAAACUUCAACAGGCGAUGUGAGGAUGUGACAGAGGAAGUCGCUCACACCCAAGGCCCAGUGGACGGUAGCCUGUACGCACAGGUGCAAAAGAAAGAAUCGCUUGACGGCGCUGUGAACGGCCUCCCAGCCAGAGAUCACGUGGCUUCUGUGGCCGAACGUGCCAGUCCGGCAAGCCACGCCCUCCCCCUGCCCGUAGCCAAUCACCCGCUCCCGGCUGCCGACCACGCCCUGUCGGUGAGCAGCGACUCAGGCAACUCUACCGCCUCCGUGAAGACCGACCGCACAGAUGACGCCCAGCAGUCCGUGUCCUCGUGUGACCCGGUGAGCCAACCGGCGCCGGACGGCCCGGUCAGCCCGCGGGAGAGACGCGAGUUUGAGCAGCUGCUGACCGGCUUUGAGGGCCAGCCACUGCUUUCCCGCCAGGGCUUCCUCCCCGCGGCCAACACGAGCCCCGGAGCGGGCGUGCGCCACCUCGUGCCCGCCCAGGUCCACGUGAACGGGCGGACCGGCGCCGAGAGGGAGACCGACAUCCUCGACGACGAGUUGCCCGACAGCCAGGUAGGCGACAACAGCGCCGACAGCCUCGGGACCCUCUCGUCUUUCGAGGGCCGCGACGCUCCGGCGGAAGGCCGGCCGCGUACCGACUCCGCCGUCGUUGACGUCGACGGACAGCAGGGGGAGCUCCCGGACAGGAGGCCGGCGACGGCAAGCGCCAAGGCAAUGCCCGUGCACCAGGUGCGAGGCUCCUCUUCAGCACAGGAGUGCCUGAUGGAUUACGGCGGGCAGAACGGGGGGAUGUACCGCUCACAGUCGUACGGGGCGCCCCUGCUGGACGGAGGUCCACCCUACAUGCCGCAGGCCCCUAAGCGCAGCACCAGCAGCAGAGAAGCCGUACAGCGCGGCCUCGGCGCCUGGCACCAGUACGGCCUGAUGGAUGACCCGUUCUUCGGCCCCGACGCAGGGCUUCCCGGCUUCCCGGCUCGCGGCGGGACCUCGCAGCGGGACGUAGAGCAGUCCAUAGAAGUCCUCAGCAUGCUCAUGCUGGACCUGGAACCCCACACGCCAGUCCCCAAGUCUCAGAGCGCACCGCCCGGGGACACCAGCGCUGCCUUCCAGCCGUUCACCCAGACGCUGGCCAGGCCGUCCUACCAGGCCGACCAGGUCCUCCACGGCUACGCAGACGGACAACCACCGUCUGCUUCAGCCAGCUUCGGCCAGUCCUCACGCAGGUCCUCUCCUGCCUACGCGAUGACCCCGCCAGCCGACAUCCACCUGAGGCAGCUACAGCGGACUCCCUCCCCCACCUACCAGCAAGAUCCCUACAGCAUCCGCUCGGGGUCGGCCACCACCCCGUCCCCGACUCUUCCGCUCCCGUCCCCGAUGAAGCCCCAGACCAUUUACCCCGGACCCGGGGGGGUGGGGUCCUGCUCUCCGGACCUACCAGCUUCUUCUCCAUGCCCAGCGACGCAGUGGAGCUGCAGUGCCUCCUCCUCUCCCCUGCCCCCUCUCACGUCUGCGAAGGAACCCGGUCCUGAGGCAGAGGAACAGAGCCUCAAUCUUGAAGGAUUAGUGGCCCACCGUGUGGCAGAGUACAACGCUCGUAUCCGUGGUAUCUCCGAGAGCAUGUCCAGCCAACCCGAACGCCAUCGCUCCCACUCUUUCUCCGGAUCACGUUCGCACAUGAUAACGGCAGACGAGGCUUCGACCGGGACACGUCGCCGCACUACCAGCGAGGGCCACUACCGCCAGGGCCAGGAGGACCUCUCCCCGACCGGAGCGCUGCGUUCCCCUGGACACGCCUUCCCCCCAGGGCUAGUCAACACCACCGCCCUGAACCCUGGAGGACGACCUAAAGACAUGGACAUGCCAAGACAGGGGCAGGUGCACAGCUACAGGGGGGCCUUUGAGGAGGUGGAGUCAGAGCCAGGUAGCCCCUCCCCCAGCUGUGGUGGUGAGACCCACCCUCUGACCCCCGCCUUUCCUGUCUCACCUACCACUUCACCACAGACCCCAUACUUUAACCUGUGCCGCUCUCCUCCGGCGAUGUCCAAGACCCCUCUGAUCCAGAAGUCCCCCAGCCUGUCCGAACCUCAGUUUCAGCACAGCUUCUCGGAUUCUGAGUCUAGCGAGGAGUUCGAAGAGCCACAUGGCUAUAUGGGCUCUGUGGUUCGAGGAGGGGGGACGGUGUCCCCGGUACACCACUCCUACCCCCCAGCUGUCCCGGAGAGAUCGGUUCCCCCUCCACACAGCUUCACUCCUCCUCAGCCUGCCAGCAGCGCCAUCUACAGCCCUGAGGGCACCAUAAGGAUGAAUGAACCUGGGCACUCCAUGGUUGCUGAGUCUGCCUACCCCUCCUUUCCCACCGGACCCAUCCGUGCGCCCCUCUUCCCAGACCCCCUGGGGUACCUCGACCCCGAGGAGGCCACUGUCAACGUGAUGGGCGUGCACCGAGUCCCCGGUAGCCCCAACACGCUUCACCGCACCGUGGCGACCAACACGCCCCCAAGCCCCGCCCUCCAGCGCAGACUGGCCAGUCAGAGUAGCCCCGGCAUGGGCCGCCGCAUGACACCUACCAAUGGCGGCAGUGAGCCCACCACUCCCAGCAGCCCUCUGCUGGGCCGUGGUGGCAGGUUCAUCCCUCCCAGUCCCGUGCUGAACCGCCACCCCUCACUGGCUCUGCCCACCCCUCAAAACCCCAAUCCCAGCGGGCAGGCCAGGCCCGGGGGAGAGGAUAUGCCCGAUGACGGGCAAGGGGCGUGGUCCAGGCAGAGCACCUCCUCUACGGGCCCGAAUGCCCCUCCCACUCCGCCGAUCCCCACGGAACAGCGGCGGGUGCCAGAAUGGAGACGGGAGGGUGAGCCCAGCGGCGAGAGGGAGGCGUCGGACAACCGUCCCGACAGCACGACCUCGACGCCGCCGCCGGCCACGGCCGGCUUGAGCACACGCAGCCCCGCCCCCAAGGAGAGCGCCUUCGUUUCCAUCUAUGCCGACGGGCCCCCAGACAUCAAACUCAACGUCAAGUUCGUUCAAGAUACGUCCAAGUUCUGGUACAAACCAGACAUCUCACGGGAGCAAGCCAUUAGUCUGCUGAAGGACCGCGAGCCUGGAGCCUUCCUUAUCAGAGACAGUCACUCCUUCAGAGGUGCCUACGGCCUGGCCAUGAAGGUAGCCUGCCCCCCGCCAACCGUGCAGCAGAACAAGAAAGCUGGCGACAUGACCAACGAACUGGUGCGUCACUUUCUGAUUGAGACUGGCCCCAAAGGUGUCCGGCUGAAAGGCUGUCCCAACGAGCCUCCCUUCGGAUGUCUGUCUGCCCUGGUGUACCAACACUCCAUCACACCGCUGGCUUUGCCAUGCAAGCUCAUGAUCCCCACCAGAGAUCCAAACGAAGAGGCAUCAGAGCUGGUCACACCGACAACUUCUGCAAUGGAGCUUCUGAAACUAGGAGCAGGGCCAGCAAAGCCUCCUGAGGAGUCUCAUGCUUGCAGUGUUCUGUACAUACACUCGGUGGACAUGGAGUCUCUGACGGGCCCCCAGGCUGUGGCCAAGGCUAUCAGCGAGACCCUAGACACCACCACUGCUUCCAUGGCAACCGUGGUUCACUUCAAAGUGUCUUUGCAGGGCAUCACUCUAACUGACAAUCAGAGAAAGCUGUUCUUCCGUCGUCAUUAUCCUAUCAACACAGUUACCUACUGCAAUGUAGACCCACAAGACAGGAAGUGGACCAAGGCAGAUGGAGGCAAAGCUACGUUCUUCGGUUUCGUGGCACGAAAGCAAGGGAGCACGACGGAUAACGUGAGCCACCUGUUCGCUGAGCUGGAUUCUGACCAGCCGGCCACAGCCAUCGUCAGCUUUGUGUCUAAAGUCAUGAUGAACGCCCAGAAACCGUGAGCCAUCUGGCCAGCCGCUGUGUCCAGUCCUCCCCCCGCCAAAGAGGAUCCAUCCUGUUCUUCACUUCUUCAAUUUUCCACAUGGACAUAAUUUGUUUCUCUCUGUUGAAUAACACCUGACGGUUGGGCUUUUAUUCUAGCAACUAUUCUAGCAGCUGAGAUUUUGGGAAUGACUUUUAUUGUGUGGGGGCUGAGAUGGAGCUCAUGCAGGCGCUCGAGCUGCUGCGACGCUCAUGGACACAACGGAGCGAUGUGCAGCUAAUCCCACACCUUAUCUUGGAAAAGCACGCUUUGCAUUCAAAACAAUGAAGGAAAAAAAAAAUAUUUUAACGAAAAAAAAAAAAACAUGCAAGAGGAUAUGGUUAAACAGCCAAAGGUAGAGCUCAGAAAAAAAGUAUGCCAUAUCAAAGUUUUGUUUGUUUGUUUUGUUUUUUUUUUUUUUGCAAUAGAAUAUUGAUUUAGACAAAAAAGUCAAAAAAGAAAAUCCUUUGGGAUUAAUUUAUUUGUUUGAUCUCCUGUAAAAAGUAUGAAGAAAACAUCUGCAUGUUUGCUUGCAAUGACCCUUGACCUGUAGAUGAGUGGUCCUUCCUGAACACCUCGGCUUGCUGCUAUGUAGACGGCUGUCCCUUCACCUACGACCUUCCCCGUCAGACCAAAAGUGUCUCUGGAGUGAAACGAGUAAAUCAAAUCAAACACACUGUGGUCCAACGUUGGCAAUAAUACGAUUACCUCGCCCAGGCCUAACGAGUGGAUCGCCGAGUGGAGGUGUUGCAUUGGACGUGCUCCUGCCUGCGGACGCGGGACUCCUGAAUGUACUGCUGAGGGACAGUGUCUCCUCCCUGCGCGGAGGACGGGAAGAGGGGGGGAAUCGGACAGGCGGCAGCUCGCUGAAUUCUCUCUCUACCCUAAGAACAGUACGGAUCUCACCAGAUCCCUCCCUGCACGCGGUAGUAGACCUUUAGUGCUCGCUUCCUGCGCCCUGCGUUGUGAUCUGGCUCCCCCUGCCCCUUGGCUUCCCGCGCCUGCCGAGGACGAACGUGUUGAGAAGCUGCUAGGUCUGCGUAGAUGUGUAGAGUCGCUUUUUACAUCCCUUAAAAGAAAGGUCUAAAAUUAAUAUUGAGUAUCCCUCCCAGUGAAGCGGAGGUGUACAAAAAAAAAAAGAUUAAACAAACAAGAAACUAAAAGAAAAAAACAAAGUGCUCGUACCAUCUGUGUCCUCACUGGAACAGGGUUUUAUUUCACUCUAAAAAAAAGUAGAUGAGUUAUUUUUUUAAAUUGUUUGUGAAGUCACAGGCUGCUCUUUGGUCACUGUGUCAGCACCUGACUUUUAAACAAAUGCACUCACACAACAUAAGCUAACCACAAUUGAUAAUAGAUAUGGAAAUGAAUAUUACUAGCUAUGUAUGUAUUACUAGGAAACAAAAAAGAUCACAUUCAUUAAGUAUUUAUUUUUGUUGCUAUGUUACUCUCAAGUAACUAAUACAUUAUAUUGAACAAAAAAUAUUGUAAAGUCUUCAGGAAAAUUUACAGUGUUGAAAAAAAAUUAUUUUGGCUAGGAUGUCAAAACCUGGGAGGUGUUUAAGGAGCUCUUAAACACAUGAGAUGUAAAGUGUCUGUUUGAGCUUGUCACUUUGUUUUGAAUAUGUAUUCAUUGUGCCACUGUUAGGUUCUGUAAGAUCGAUGAAGGCAUGAAUCCUGAACAUAGACGUACCGAAAAAAAGAUUUGUGCUCACCGCCAAGCGUGGGUUUUCCACGAAUGCUACCGUCUACCGUGCAGCUGAGAUUUACGAUGCAAAAGAUACUGAUGUUACUGCUCAAGCAAACAGUGACUAGUCGCUGUUUUCUUUAGGAAUGUAAAAAAGGCAAUGCAAUAUAGUAUGUUUGCCAAAGAAAUACAGAAUUUGACCCAA